GUGUUAACUCUUGAAGGUCAUUCUUUGGCGCGCUGACGUGCAUGCGGUAUUCACAGUAACGUUGACAAAAUGGCCAGCGAGCGUGCGAUCGUUAAUGGGGAUAACGAUGUCAUCCCUCGUAAAAUGUCUAGAAUGGAUGAGAAAAAGCCAGUAACAGUUGUCUUAGGAACACAAUGGGGAGACGAAGGAAAAGGAAAGGUUGUCGAUAUGUUAGCAACAAAAGCUGACAUUUGCUGCCGGUGUCAGGGAGGUAACAAUGCAGGACAUUCUGUUCAUGUUAAUGGAAAACAGUUUGCUUUCCAUCUUCUACCUAGUGGCAUUGUCAACCCCAGCUGUACGGCAGUCAUAGGUAACGGGGUGGUUGUACAUCUACCACAGCUUUUUCAUGAGAUAGAGGCGAAUAAACAUGGCCUUGAUAACUGGAAGGAACGCCUUGUCAUCUCGGAUCGUUGCCAUUUAGUGUUUGACCUUCACCAGCAAGUAGAUGGUCUGCAGGAGAGUGGUCGUGGAAAACAAGUCGGUAGAAUGAUUGGGACCACUAAAAAAGGUAUUGGACCAGUAUAUUCUUCGAAGGCAACAAGAAAUGGACUUCGAAUGUGUGAUCUUAUGGGGAACUUUGAUCUCUUCUCAGAAAAAUUUCACAAUCUUGUGGAUCAGUACCGCCGUAUCUUUCCUGAUCUGGUGGUGGACAUUGAGCAAGAGCUGGAAGUGUAUAAAGAACUGAGAGAGAGAGUUCGUCCACUGGUGAGGGAGACUGUCAGUUAUCUGUCCUUUGCCAUCAAGACUGGAAAAAGCUUGCUUGUUGAAGGAGCGCAGUCCACUAUAUUGGAUAUUGACUUUGGUCUGUACCCAUAUGUGACAUCGUCCAACUGCAGUAUUGGUGGUGUGUGCACUGGUUUAGGGAUACCUCCUCAUGUCAUUGGGGAUGUCAUUGGUGUGGUUAAAGCAUACCUUACUCGAGUAGGCUCUGGUGGUUUCCCAACAGAGCUGGACAAUGAAGAUGGUGAGCGUUUGUUGAAUGGUGGACAUGAGUAUGGAACUACAACAGGCCGUCCACGACGCUGUGGAUGGUUGGACUUGGUCAUGCUGUCUUACUCAAAAAUGAUCAAUGGGUUUACAGCAUUGGCAGUAACCAAGCUGGACAUUCUUGAUGUGUUUGAUGAGAUCAAAGUGGGCAUAGCUUAUCAUCUUGAUGGCAAGAAGGUGGAGACCUUUCCAGCAUCUGAUGAGGACCUUCAGAAAGUUAAAGUUGAGUAUAGCGUGCUUCCUGGCUGGAAAGAAAAGACAGAAAAUGCACGAAAGUUCUCUGAGCUGCCGCUGAAUGCCCAAAAGUAUGUUGAGUUCAUUCAGGACUACCUUCAUGUUCCAGUGCGAUGGAUUGGUGUUGGCAAGGACCGUGACUCUAUGAUUGAAGUGUUUUGAUUAUUUCUGGUAUUGGUUUAAAGCAAUACUGCUGUUGAAAGAUAAUUUUGUAUUGUACAUAAUAUGCUUGUAAAUUGUUGCUGUUUCAACAGCUUUGGGAUUUUUGUGAUAUUUGAAACCUGUGGUUUAUCUUUAUUCUCUUUUUGUUUACUCAGUCUUGUUCACAUCUCAAAAAAAAAGUCUCAAAUUAGGGGGGAAAAAAAUACCCUCUUAGCUCAUCUUUGACAUAGGCUUUUUUCUAUCAUAGUGAGAGUGUGUGUUUUUAGCAGUGUGGUCAAAAUCAGUUCAGUGGUCACCAGAAUCUGUUUUGUUUGCUCCAUGUAUUUUGUACUUUUUCUGAGGACUUAAAAUGUUUUGUGGUGAUUUAAGAUUUUCUUGUGUUGGCCUUUAAAAUUUCUCUCAUGUUUUUAAUAAGAAAACCAUUUUUGAACCGUUGUGGGAAUGCACCUUUAGUCAUGGUGCAAGGUGUUGAAUAUCCAUUACUCAUAAACGGAUGUGCACAAGAAUGAUUUCUAUAGCACUUUUUCCUGCUAUCAAGUGCUUUGCCAAAUUAAGAACAAAUAAUAAUAAUGUGCCAAAGUGAUCAAUUGUAGUACAAAGAAAGUACAUGUAUUAAUGAUGGUGCAAGUAAGAAAUUUCAUGGAGCAAGAGGCAGUAGAAAUACUUCUCAUCAGGUGUGCACCCAUCAGUCCUACACAGCACGGAGUGUAGUGACGAAUUACAUAUCCUGUAGAUGAGAAAAUGUGAAGACUGCAAGAUCCAUAAAUAGGGAACAAAAGGUUAUUACGCAGAGAAAUGGAGACAAGUAAUCAUAUAAAGCAGAAAACUGCAGACAAGAUGACGGAAGUUCUUGGUGCAGGCAUACAACAAUCUAAAACAGAAGUAUACGGUACAACAAAAGAUACAAAACACCAGGGACGAGACCAAAAAACAGCACCUCAAGCCAGUGGUGAGAAGAGACAUCACUCUUAUUGAUGCGUGAUCAAUUUACAAGCAUGCUACCAGUCUUUCAAAUUACAUGUGGUAAACCAAGUAUGUAAGCAUGUAAAAUUUUGGUCUAAAGGGCAUGCAUAGUACUUCUGCUGGUGUAUAUACUGGCCUAGAUGUAAAAAUAAAUAAAUGAAUUACAGAACACCUUUUGGAGUGUAUUGUCACCUGAACGCUUCUUUUAUGAUAAAAGCACGUAGAUGUCAAGAAAUGAUAUUCAAUCUCAUGUUGCAGUUGAAUCUCGUUCAUUCACCAUUUAAAAGAAAAAUCUGGCAUUCUUAAUUUACGGGAUAAUAAAGGUUUUGUUUGCUCUGUACCCAUUCAGUUUCCACAUGUGCCUUUGAAUCAAGUCUCUGGUUUUAAUUUUGCCAAGAAUAUUGACUGGACAAACUUCCUCUGCCUACCCAGCAGAUUGCAACUUUAUUUUUACCAUUAUGUUUUGGCACCGAUCUGUUCCACAUGUGUAAACAUCCCAAUGUGAUUGCCAAUAAUCAAGCCUUGACCCCUACUGAGCACUUUUUUCCUGCUCAUUAAUUCUGUCAUAAAAACCUGCACCUAAAAAAUUAAAGUUAGACACCACUGUGUUAAAAAUAUUGCCUUUACCUUUUUUUUUCACCUUAAUUUUGCAUUUAAAUUAACAGUUUUGUUUGCUGUGAGUCUGUAGCACCUAAGCUUUUGGGCCUCGUGAAGAUAAGAAUUUCAAAUAAUAUGAAUUUAUUCAGAAGCUUACUUUAUAAUCCAAAAGAGAACUUGAGAAACCAGUACAGUAUUUGUUAAAUAGAUUACCUUAGUAAUGAAAUGCAGCUGCAAUCAAAUCAGGUUAAUUCUCAUUGCCUGCUUUAUCAGCAACAUUGCACAGGGUGUUGCUGACAAAAGUCCUUUUUAUUUUAUUUUUGUUAAGAAAAUUUAACCCUAGUAAACUUUUGGAAAUAAAUACUAGAUCAAAUUUUUUAAAUAACAAGACUAAUGAUUAGGAUAUGUGUAAAAAUAUGCAAAAUUUAAAUAUGGAGUGUUGUAAUACAAAAAUAUAGGGGCCAAGUUGGCAUAUAAUGUACACAACAGAGCUGCAGUUUAUUUUAUGUCUUACGCAGCAAACCAGUCUGUUAACAUCCUUUCGAGAAUGUACAAAUUGUCUUGCAUGACAAAGUUAUGAACAAAGAACAUUUAUAUUUUUAUUAACUUUACAGUUAGGACUAAAAGAUUCCUCUACUCGCCCCCUCUAGGUAAAUUAUGUUAUUAGAAUUAAGACAAGAAAAUUUUAUUUACUGAUUUGUUUUAUUUCCCAAGGGAUGAUGUGACAUCCUGUAAUACUAGUCUCUGCUUGCAUUAUUAUGUUUCAGUAUUUCCAUCAUUGCUUAGUUUUUUUUUUAAAGGAGAUGGGGUGUGCAGAAUCUGCAUCUGAUUUGUGGAGUGACUUGUAUCUAGUGACAUUUAGUUCUCACCUUAUUAAGAAGUCUUUGAAAUGUUUUGUUUCCAUAAAUGGAAAUGCGUUGCAUGAUACUUUUGAAGUGUGUAUUUGCUGUGGUCAUUCUCAGGGGGGUUUAACUUAUGUCUAAUUAAACUAAAAAGAAAAUGUACUAAGUUCAGUGGUGUGUUCUGCUGAUCACCUCCCAUUUUGUAGGUACCUUGAAAGUUUCUCUGUGUGUGAGUUGCAAUCCUAUGUAAUAGUAUGACAGACUGCAAAAAUAAAACUACAUUUAUUCUGUU